AUGGCGACAACUGCUGUUCGCGUUGCUGUUCGUGUUCGACCAUUGACAAAGAAAGAGAUUUUGAGCAAUGCAACAGAGACAAUAUCAUUUAUUCCAGAUGUACCGCAAAUCAUUGUGGGCAAAGAUCACACAUUCACAUAUGAUUACGUAUUUGAUACCCAAACACAACAACAACACAUUUAUGAAACAAGCGUACUCCCACUCACCGAGAAAUUUGUCGAUGGGUUCAACGCCACUAUCCUUGCUUAUGGACAAACUGGAUCUGGAAAGACGUAUAGCAUGGGUACAGCUAUUGAUGGCAAUACCGAUUCGUCAGAGCAGCAAGGGAUUGUGCCACGAUUUAUACGUGAUCUAUUUGAUCGCCUUGGAGACAAAAAGAACAAUGAUCCUGAAUAUGAGUCGCAAGUCUAUGUAUCAUUUCUUGAAUUGUACAAUGAAGAUUUGGUGGACCUCUUGAACUUCCAGCAGCGACAACGAGGAGCAUGUGACAUUUCCAUUCGACAAGAUGUACAAGGCAACAUUUAUUGGAGUGGUGUACGAGAAGAACCAUGUUCAGAUCCAAGGGAAUUACUAGGCUAUCUAACAAAAGGGUCACUUGGGCGUACGGUGGGCUCCACAGAUAUGAAUGCAGUCUCCUCAAGGUCGCACGCUAUCUUCUCUGUCAUUCUCAAACAACAACUCCCCGAUGAAGACAAUGUCGACCAACGCAAAACCAUCGUCAGCAAAUUCCACUUUGUCGACCUUGCAGGAUCCGAACGGCUUGUCAGGACCAAUGCACAAGGAGUACGUGCACGCGAAGGCAUUGCCAUCAACUCAGGGCUGUUGGCGCUAGGCAAUGUUAUCAGUGCUUUGGGCGAUGAGUCUCGUCGAUCGACACACAUUCCAUACCGUGAUUCCAAGCUGACACGUCUUCUUCAAGACUCUCUUGGUGGCAAUUCACAAACGUUGAUGGUGGCAUGCGUAUCACCUGCCAACAACAAUAUGCAGGAAACUCUCAGCACACUCAAAUACGCCAACCGAGCUCGCAACAUUAAGAACCGCGUCUCAGUCAACCAAGAGUAUUCAGGAUCAUCGGUGGAAGUCAAUCAAAUGCGUGCACAACUUGCCAAGCUGAAGAUGGAACUUGCCAUGCUUCGUAGUGGGAAUAGCAGCAAUGUAUCCAGUGGAGUCGAUCAUACCAAGGAGAUUGAAGCAUUGCGUAACGAGGUGAAUCGAUUACGUGCACGUGUUCAAGAGACAUCGGAUGAAUUAUGUCAAGUAUCAGCACAUCGAGAUUCUUUGUUACUUGAACGACAAAUGCCUUCUGAUAUGUACAAUCAAAUGAUGCAACAAGGAGAUGGCAACAACAACAACAACAUCAACACAUUACCCAUCAUUACCGAAUACCAGAAAACCAUCCAUGAUCUACGCAAUGAGCUCGAGGAUACGCGAUCACGACUUUCAUUUAUGGAAUCAACUCAACAACCAAGAGUCGCAUCAGCAGCAACACCUACUCCUUCAAUCAACCGUUCUUCUCGUAGUCGCACUACACGUAGACGACGAACAAAAGCUGGCGUCAGCUUCAAAUCUUCACGCUCCAACAGCACUAGAACACGAUCAAAAUCACGACCCAAAUCACCUCCUCCACCAAUGCCUGCUGCACCACCACCUAGAGCUGUAUCUCGUAUAGACGAUCGGGACAUUGAUCAAUGGCUGCAAGAGACGAUUGGUCCUAUCAGUGCUACCAAUUCGGCUGAUAUUCGUAAUGAGGUUCGUGAUUCGAUUACCAAAGCACGCAUGGAGAUUGAAAAGGGACUCAAAGUGCUUGAUGGUGCCAAGGAACAACAACAACAACAGCAACAGCAAGUGUCACCCUUUGAUGGAGAUUUGUUGGCAGAUGAUGAAAUGCUUGAAGCACUCCAAUCCAAGGAGAAUGAAUUCUUAUUCAGCCAUUUGGAAGAGGAACCUGAUGAAGAAGAUAUCCAACGCACGACUCCGCCAGCCGAUUGGGAUGCCUUGUCCGAUACCAAUAGCAACAACGUUGUUGAUGAUGGCUAUACUGCUGGUGGUGGUGGUCAUUCUCGAUUCUCAUCAGGCGCUAUCACUGGAUUCACUGAAGAUUCUGAAUUUGUCGAUUUGUGUGAAAACAAUCCACAAUUUGCACGGGUGCUACAGCAGAUUCAGAGCGACAUCCACGUCAAAGAAGAGCUGGUCUCUCAAUUGGAACGAUGCGAAUCCGAAUACGUUCAUAUGCGACGAAAGUUUGAACAACGACUCAACAAACUUGGCCAUGAGAUACUCACCAUCAAACGAGAGCGUGAUGAUGCUAUGCGUCGUGCACAAGUCCAAAGCCAGCAUCAAGCAGCAUCCAUUCAGCAACAGCAACAACAGGCAGCUGUCAAAGACAAUACUCAGAUUCAACGAGAAAAGCAACAACUCAAUGAAUUACGUCAUGGCUAUGAGCAAAAGAUCAGAAGCUUAUCGAUGGAGUUAUCAGAGACCCGUCGAAAGUUUAUGCAAGUGUCAAGCGAAAUGCAAUCAUCACGCAAGCAAACGCAGAGCAUCAAGAAAGCGCUUCGUGCCAAUAUUGAAAGCAGCAAGACUGAAAAGCGACGCAUGGUGCAACGCAUGAAGGAAGAAGCUAUGCGUACCAAGGAACAAAUGACGGCUCAUGAGCGUGAGAUCCAAAAGUUACGACGACGUCAACAACGUGAUGCUGAGGAUAAACGUCGUCUCGAGCGUGAGAACAAGCGUGUUCAGCUUUUAUUGCAAAAUCAAUCACAAGAGGCUGUUGUCACCAAAGACAAGCUUAAGCGAUUGGUGCAAGUGCUCAAGAAAGCAGUGCGUGAAGGAGGUGUGCUUGACGAUCGACUCUUGAAUCGAUGUGCUGAUUUGCUUCAUAUGGGUGCUUUACUUUCCAAUCGACUCUCCACUCGACAACGUCAACCCCGACAACAUAAGCGCCGUAUCCCUGUGGAAACCCGUGCCGCCAAAAAGAAGGAUCUUUUGGAUCGUGCUUUGUUCCAAUACAUCCACGGUAGACAAGCCAUUGCCGAGAUGCAACAAUUGAUAGCCAAGCACAAUGAGCUUUUCCAAAAGCGUGAAGAAUUGCAGACUGAGCGCGAGCAUUUGUUUGGAGGAGCUGAUAAUGAUGGCAUGAUCCAAUUUGACCAAGCGAUGAUGACAUACAUGGAUGAGCGUAUUGAAGCCAUUGGUGCCGAGAUAUCAUAUAUCAGUGUUCGGAUCCAGGCUUUGCAGAAUGAGACCACCAUGGACAAUGAAGAGGAGAUCGUUGAUAUGGAUAUGCAAAAGCAGCAGCAGCAACAACAGCGUAAGCAUGUUACGUUUGCCGACGAAGUGAUGGGUACCAUGCGUCGAAAAGAAGAGGAUGAAUGGCUCGAUAUGGAUGCGUUGGAAGAACGAUACAGCAUCCCUGAUAAUGCUGACCCCGAAACAUCCCAUCGGAUGGCACUCAAAGUGAUUCAUUCUCUCACCCCUGAGGAAGCUGCCAAGGUGAUGGAAUCCAUGAUCAACGAUUUGACAACGCUUCGGAUGGAUGAGCUUAGCCGUGAGGUCCAGAUUCAACAAAUGGAGAAAUCAAUUCAAGAUUUGCAAAACACGCUCACAUUGAUGAAGGACAAGGCUGUUGAGACCGUUAUUGCCAGUGAAAAGAAGAUUCGACGUUUGGAGAUGGGAUCACGUCGAUCAUCCAUGUCAGGUGUUUACGAUGAUAAUGAUACCACGACACCAACAAAUGCAUCCACAGCCAUAGCAGCAGAUGAUGAUGAUUCAGCCAUUGACAUGCGUGUGGAAGAGAAGCUCGGCAAUCUUUUUGAUCAAAUUUACAAUGAGAGUGUUGGCAAUGUUCUUGAUCGACCUGGUGGUGGUUCACAUUCGCCUGUACCCAUGGAACGCGACAAUAGCCGCUCUUCGGCCUCUGGUGUUUCCCCAUCUUUACGUCCCCAACGACCACAAUCAUUGAUUGAGCGUCCUGUAUCCAUGGCAGCAGCUACAAGACGCCGUAGUUCAAUGGCAUCCCCUGAAGAAUUCCUUCAACAAUUUGUGCAAGCAGGAUUGAUGUCAGCUACCAACAAAGGACAACAUUCUGUUGGAACACCACCCUCACCUAUUCCACGUCCCAUACCUACUUCACCACGACCACGACCAUCUGAUACGGCUGCCGCAAAAGCAGCGUUACUUGAAUCAUUGCCUCUACGUCGAUCUUCGGAUAGCAACACGACCAUGUACAAUCGCACACAGCAACAAAACCUACCAUCGGUAGCUCAAACAUUUGCAGGUCGUCGUCGUGCAUUUUCAUUACAACAGCAACCCAUCAAUAAACCACGUCGACGAUUCUCUCUUCGAGAACUCAACUUGAAUGAUGCAGCAACAGCAGCAGCACCCACACCGCAAAGCAAUCGACUUGCUCAUCUUCAUCAACCUUCGCCAUUACAACAACAAUUUGUGAUCCCUGAUUCACCACCAGAGACACCCACUACGACGACUACAAACAACAAUGACUAUCCACCACCACCACCAUCCUCUUCUCGACUUCAAAAGCCAUAUCAAUAUACCCGAAUCAACACCGCCAACAACAAUGUCUUUGAUCGAUUAUCAAACAAGCACACCCAAGCAUCCGUUGCCAAGCGUACAUCCACACCUGUGCCAUUCUAG